GGGCGCCAGCACGCAGACUCGGUUCCACUGCCCCGCCCACUCUGGCGCAGCCCGGGCCAGGUCUGGGAGGAGGGCCGGGGACGCGGACGGCAGGAGCAAUGGUGCCCCGUAUGGUGCUCAGGUCGCCCGUGUGGCUCUUCCGGUGGCAGGUGGCCUGCACUCGGGGAGCAUCGGUGCCGCAAAGGACAUGGGCGGGGGCGUCCAGGACCCCCGGGCCAGACAGCACCUUGGCCUGCACAGGCGGCCUCUCCACGUCCCUGGGGACCCCGGAGGUGAUGCUGACCUGUGAGCGCUACCCUGUGAGGCGUCUGCCCUUCUCCGUGGUGUCUGAGCAAGAUCUGGCCGCCUUUGAACGCAUCGUCCCAGGCAGGGUCGUCACAGACCCAGCGGAGCUAGAGGCGGCCAACAUGGACUGGCUGAGAACUGUGCGCGGCUGCAGCCAGGUGCUGCUGAGGCCACGGACGGCGGAGGAGGUGUCUCACAUCCUCAGAUACUGUCAUGGGAGGAACCUGGCCGUGAACCCACAGGGCGGCAACACGGGCAUGGUUGGGGGCAGCGUGCCGGUCUUUGAUGAAAUCAUCUUGUCCACCGCCCUCAUGAACCAGGUCAUCGGCUUCCACAGCGUGUCCGGGAUUCUGGUUUGCCAGGCAGGCUGCAUCCUGGAGGAGCUGAGCCGGUAUGUGGAGGAGAGGGACUUCAUCAUGCCCCUGGACCUGGGAGCGAAGGGCAGCUGCCACAUCGGGGGGAACGUAGCCACCAAUGCAGGUGGCCUGCGGUUUCUGCGGUAUGGCUCUCUUCGAGGGACCGUCCUGGGCCUGGAAGUGGUGCUCGCCGACGGCACUGUCCUGGACUGCCUGACCUCCCUGCGGAAGGACAACACAGGCUACGACCUGAAGCAGCUCUUCAUCGGGUCGGAGGGCACCCUGGGGGUCAUUACUGCCGUGUCCAUCUUGUGCCCACCCAGGCCCAGGGCUGUGAAUGUGGCCUUCCUUGGUGGGUCUGGGGUGAGGCUCUGGUCAGGCCUGACCGGGUUGCUGCUUGCCCCGUCCUGUGUGUGCCUGAGGCCAUGUGCUCUUGCAGGUUGCCCUGGCUUUCCCGAGGUUCUGCAGACCUUCAGCACCUGCAAGGGGAUGCUGGGCGAGAUCCUGUCAGCGUAUGAGUUCAUGGACGCGGAGUGCAUGCAGCUGGUUGGGCACCACCUGCGCCUUACCAGCCCUGUGCAAGAAAGUCCCUUCUACGUCCUCAUCGAGACCUCAGGCUCUGGAGUGGCACAUGAUGCCGAGAAGCUGAGCAGCUUCCUGGAGCGGGUGCUGGGCUGCGGGCUGGUGACCGACGGGACGGUGGCCACCGACCAUAGCAAAGUCAAGAUGCUGUGGGCCCUGAGGGAGAGGAUCAGUGAGGCCCUGAGCCGCGACGGCUACGUGUACAAGUACGACAUCUCCCUGCCGGUGGAGAGGCUCUACGACCUCGUGACUGAGCUACGCACCCGCCUCGGCCCACAGGCCAAGCACGUGGUGGGCUAUGGCCACCUAGGGGAUGGCAACCUGCACCUCAACGUGACAGCAGAGGCCUUCAGCUCAUCGCUGCUGGGCGCCCUGGAGCCCUAUGUGUACGAGUGGACAGCUGAACAGCGGGGCAGUAUCAGUGCCGAGCAUGGCCUGGGCUUCAAGAAAAGGGGCGUCUUGGGCUACAGCAAGCCACCCGAGGCCCUGCACCUCAUGCAGCAGCUCAAGGCCCUGCUGGACCCCAAGGGCAUCCUGAACCCCUACAAGACGCUGCCUGCUCGGUCCUGAUGGGGCCUGUUAGGGUCAGCAGGAAACACAGAGGGGCUUUGUCUAGUCUUGGUUUGCCUGUUGGGAUGGGCCUGUAAGGCUGGUGCGGCCUCCAAGGGCCUACAUCUGACAGCCGGCAGCAGAUAGUGACCUGCCACCUGGGUGGGAGCCAGGAGCUGGCCCUGUGGAGCCCGGGGCACAUGGCAGGAUUCAUCCUGGCUACACUGCCAGUUCUGGUGGCUGAGUGGGUAGCAGGGCCUGGUAUUGCCCAUUCACUCUUCUUCUUGGCAGGCACCCUCCAUCCCUUUGCAAGCCAGGAGCGGGGCCUCCUGCCUGCAUGUCCCCUGGCAGCCAGCUCUAGUGCCCUCUCAGAAGGAGAUCAGGUACACUCCGCUCUGCUUGUGUUGCCCUGGGUUCCACUUUGUGGGCUGCAGCCCUGGGAGGACACCCCUCGAAGUGAAGCCCCUGGGCACCCCCCGGCAGAGGUGACAACCAUGUGAGCAGCCUGGAUCCAUCCUGGGGUUCUGACCAGCAGAGCCGGGGUCAUUAGGCACUUUACAAUGGCUGUGAUUAGUGACAGCCAGUCACACUGAGCCCGCAUGACAGGAGUGCCUUGCACCCUGGAAUGUGUUUGUUUCCUGGUGUUCUAGGCGGCCGUCAGCUGGCAAGGCAGCCGUUGGGGGCAGGGGCUAUCUGUCCUACUUGGGGGUUUGCUGUCGUCUUCACGGAGAUCAGCCUUUCCGGUUCUGCUUCUGCAGCACCCAGCAGCGUCGGGCGAGGAUCCCUGACAGGCACAAGUGUGGGAUCUGUCCAGGCAGGUGUGCGCACACUGCUUCAGGGAUGUCGACCCAGAUCGCCCCUGGGGCGGCUGCUGGGGCUCUGUGGAAACAGUCUGUGUCUUGGACAUAUUUUCUCUUUCUGGCUGUCUUGAGCUUCCAGUAAAAAUGGGAAUUAAUCACGACAA